CAACAGUGUUUCGGCGUCUUCAUAUUUCAUGCAAACUCGUUGCGUCGUUGAAGAGCGGUCGAUAGAUGCAGCAAAAGGCCUCAUCAUGCCCGUUCGAGCUGUUCACCGUCUCUGAUCAUUCUCCUUGGCGACUGGCGAUCAGCGACGCGCCUGGAGACCAACACGUAUGAAGCGAGGUGCAACUGUCUGGAUCUCCCAUCCACAUUUUCGACGUCAUCAUUGACCCUCUGUCUAUCCUUCAAGUCACAUCUCUUCAUCUUGUGCACUACUGCCACUGAGUCCAGUCACAUCACAAGAUGCAUCCCACGCCAUUGAAGAAGAUCACGCGCGUUCGUCUGCCGGGAAAGCGUCCCUCUGAGUUAUGGGACAUUACAACUCAGGACGGUAGAAUAGCGUCAGUGGACGCACACGACACGGGUGCAUCCGGACUCGACCAUGGCGAAACUCUGGAUGGAUCUAACAGACUGAUUGCGCCCUCUCUCUGUCAUGCUCACAUUCAUCUGGACAAAUGCUUCCUGCUUCAGGAUCCCAAGUAUGAUGACUUGCAGAUUAAGAGUGGCGACUUCAAAGAAGCCAUGAAGAUGACGAGCAUCGCGAAGGCAAGGUUUGAAGAGGAGGACCUCAUGCGGCGUGGAAGUCAACUGAUCGAGGAAAGCAUACAGCACGGUGUCACCGCCAUGCGAGCCUUCGUAGAGGUCGAUGGAGUCGUGCAGCUCAAGUGCUUGGACGCAGGCCUGAACCUACGAGAGAAGUACAAAGAGAAAUGUGACAUCCAGAUAUGCGCUUUCGCCCAACUGCCUCUUUUCUCUGGAAAAGACAACGGCGUAGAGGUCAGGAAGCUCAUGGAGGCUGCAGCAACCAACAAAAAUGUGGAUGUGCUGGGCUCGACACCGUACGUCGAAGACGACGAGUGCAAAUCAAAAGACAACGUCCGUUGGAUAUCAGCUUUGGCAUUGAGAAAGAAGAAAUACCUCGAUUUGCAUUUAGACUAUUUUCUCGAAGAAGACAAGCAACCUCUCGUCUGGGAUGUCUUGCAAAUACUCAAGGACCACGAUUGGAUGAAGGCAGGCGGCAAGCAAAUUACCCUUGGCCAUUGCACACGUCUGAUAAGGUUUCGGGACGAAGAAUGGAAUCGUUUGAAACAGGAAAUAGGCGAGUUCGCUGUCUCCUUUGUUGGGCUGCCUACGUCUGACCUGUUUAUGAUGCGAAGUCCGGACAGUGUCCGUGGAACAUUGCCAAUCGUCAAGUUGAUCAAGCAAUAUGGUUUUGACGCUGCAAUUGCGAUAAACAACAUUGGCAAUGCCUUCACUCCGCAAGGAAACUGUGACCCACUCGGCAUUGCACAACUCGGUGUGGGUCUCUAUCAGGCACCCACCACAGACGACGUUCAGCUGCUCUAUGAAGCCGUCUCAUCUCGUGCGAAGGCUGUUAUUGGCCAUGAACCCACCUCGCUCGGCUUUGAGCCUGGCGAGCCUGCAGAUUUCGUGUUGUUUGAUAGCAUGGAUAGCGGGUGGCGCUGCAGGAGGAGCAUUGCCGAAGUUGUGUACGACGCUGGCUCUGUUCGACAAACGGUCUACCGAGGCCGGUCAACCACAACUUGCAGUUGAGAAUACUGCACGUCGUUUGUUUGCGACCCUGUCGCUGUGAAAGACGGAAGUCGCGAAGUGACUACGUCGACGUCAUGCAUUGGACACAUGAUCAGUGGGCGCGGCUGCCGUUUACACUACUGAGGUCAAC